UCAGUGUAGUCGAGACCCCGUCACGGUGAGCUCGGCAGCAACAGCAUUCUCCAACUCAUGGGGCACUGAAUAAAGACACACAAGAUGAACCGAUGAGGAUCUUCCUGCACUCACUGCAUUCCUGACAUACCUUCUAAGUGCAUGUGCAUGGUGUGAAUCGACGGGAAGUCCUCCGACCCCCAGCUGUCAAAGGCGCCGCCCUGCGUGAGACUGACCGUGCCAACUUCGACAAUGUCCACCUCCCUCUCCUGCCCCAGCGCCUCAAGCACGGCAAUUCUAUCCUCUGCACUGACAGCUGCAUCAAACCAGACGAUCCCCACCCUCAUGGGCAUCUUCAUCGCGAGCAGCCUGCCCGCAGCCCCGCCAACCGCGCUGCAAAUGCGCAGCGCCCCGGCCCUUGGGAACGGCUGCAGGUGGUUGAUGAUGGUGGGUGUGGGGGCGGGGGUGCCGGGAGGAGGGCCGAAGCCGUCGGCAUUGGCGACCGUCACGCAAUGUGCCUUGUCGAAUGUGAGGCUCUCUGCGAUCCCAACGGCCGCUUGGCUGGGGCUGUUGACGGGGUGAGUGACGUCAUGCUGGCUGAUGGUGUAGGUCACGCGGGUCGCCUGCCGUUCCGCCUCCUGGAUGGCCGUCUUGAUGAAGGGGGAGGGGCGAGGGGGGAAUGCGUCAGCGUAGAAGGGGGACAGAUCGAAGCUGACCGGACGUGUGACCUGCACGUUGAGCGGCACGUCCGGUGAGACGCAGCAGUUGCUGAUGAAGCCGUCGACAGCCAGCAGGGCAGAGAGACUAUCGUGGUCUUGGAAUGGUGGAAUCCGCACGUCGAACCUCGUCAACGCCUUGUGGCAGCCGCGCGAUGUGAGCACAUCCUAAAACCAAAGAGACAAGGACGUCAUCCGUGUGUUUGCAAGCACAAAUGAGGGAGGCCUCUGCUGUGUGGUCAUUGCUCACCUGCAGUCGCCUUGCCCCCUCCCGGUAUUGCUCUGGUGUCUCAUCAUCAUCGUCAUACUCGAUCCCCCCGAUGGUCUGCAGGUGUCUGAGCGGCCCCGGCCGGCCAGCGGAUGGCUUGGGGAAGCUCUCGAACAACCCCGCCCACUCCUCCCAUGACCGCCACCGCCCCCCCAUCUCUUUCAGCGAUGAGGACGAGAUGAUGAAUCGGCCCAGCUCGUCGUCAUCCCACCCCUCCUGCCCCAGAUACUCAAGUGCGGGCAUGUGCCAGCUUCUGUCGGCCAGCACACGGUGCUGUCGGACGGCUCCUGUGACGGUCCUGAGGGCAUGGAGGGUCGGCGGGGGGGCGAAUGAAGGAGGGACGGGGGGACGCUUCCGCUUCGGACUGUUGGUGGGCAGUUGGCUAAUGCUGCUGGGCUGGGCCGUCUCCUUAUUGCUGCUGCUGGUUGUGCUGUUGGUGCUGGUGAAUUUGAUGGACUCCAGACUGCCCCUCGCCAUGUGCUGCUGGCCAUUCUUCUUACGCGACUCGCGACGGCCGUCCGCAUGGCCCUCUACGACGCAUAUCAUCCUGUCCAGACACCACAACCGGUCGCCGUGUGGCUGCACCAUCCUGAGCGCUGUCAGGUUGGGCAGCCGCUUGCCGAGCUGGAAGGCCUCCUUACGCGUCAUGCUCGCCCAGAAGUGACGGUCUGCAUCGGUGGAAGAGUCGAUGGAGAGGUGGGUCUGCUGGCGAAGGGCGGCCAUGUGGAUGAGGGAGGGGCUGCUCUGUGCGGCACCGCCGGCUGCCCGCUGCCCGAAGGCCGCACCGCCAGACAUGCUGCCGCCAGUCGACGACGGCGCUCUACUGAAGAGGGACGAAGCUGCCGCACCUGAUCGACCCACACACACAUGCAGCCAGCAGGAGAUGGGCCCAUCCAUCCAUCCAUCCCUCAUGUAUGUGUGUGGUGCCCCCUCGUCACUCACCAGUGCAGCCAGAGAUGCUGCCGCUGAAAGGGCCGAACAUGGCAGCCGUCCCCGUGGCAGCCCCACCCUGGCCAGACAGACUCGCUCUGCCAGCCCCGCUAAACAGGCUCCCUGCCGACCCGACUUCCGACGCCGCCCCAGCACCAGACAGAUGGCCACCUCCUCCCCCUGUGGAUGUCUUGCCGAACGAGAAUGGGCCGCUGGUGGGUGUGGCUGUCGACUGUGCUGUAGAUGGAGCUUUGGCAGCCGCGAAGAUGCUGCGCCCGAAGAGGUCCACUGGGGCUGGGGUGGUGGUGGUGGUUGCCGGGGCUGUUGUGGUCGAGGCAAGCGGACGGGUAGCACCCACGCGCUUGGCGGCUCUGGUCCGUGGUUUGGCUGCGGGUGUGUCAGCGCCCAAUGUGAACAGCGGAGAGGGGCCGCCGCCAGAUGACCCAGCUGAAGCAACUCUGUCCGACAGGUCUGCCUCCCCCCUUGAUGUGCCGGACAGAGAUAAGCCGCCAAAGAGAGAUGAUACCGAUGGCACACCCGGCAGCACCCCGUCGGCCGUGUCCUCCUUGGAUGCUGCUGUGGUCUCGCCAUUGGUCGAUCCGAAGGUGCCACUGGCACCCGCAAAGAGCGGACCGCCAUUGGUCGACGGCAGGGCGGCAGACGAUGUGAUGGCCGAGAGGGGUGAGUGGGUGGUGGUGUGGCCGCCAACGGAUGGAAGACGGCUGACGCGAAGAUGACAGACGAAGGCAGAGGUGGGUGCACCGCUGUCUGUAUUCCAUUCCUUCUUGUCGUCCACCUGCUCACUUACCAGCCAGAUUUGGUGCGUGUCGGUUUCUGUCUGCGGGGCUGCUUGUAGAGGAGGGUGAUCUUGUUGGGGUCAGUGCUGCGAGCGGGAGGGAGAAUGGUCGACAGCUCGCGAGGGGUCAUGAAGCUAACCAGCGACGCCAGCAGGUCGUCGCCAAAGCGUGCGGGGGCCUGAAGCAGACACACCACCGGAGAUAUGAAGGACUGCUGACAUCGUUUGUGUGUCGUGUGUAGCUCUCUGUGUACCUUCUUGCUAACAUCCCACACCUGCAGACAGACAAGCAUGCGCACCGAAGAAGGUCAUUCAGCGGGGCAUCCAAGGAGCUUUUUGUUGGUUGAGGUGUGCUUGCCCACCACGGGUGGCUGUGGGUUGGUGUUUAUUGGCGCGCUGGUCCGAUGCGGCACCACCUGUUUGAACUCCUCCCGGCCGCCGACCUCCCGCAUGAAGAGCAGCGUCCCUUUGCUGGUCUCCUCGGUGCGAUGGACGUCGGCUUUGACCCACACAUAGCUCUCAUUGGCACCCCUUCUGGUGCCCGACGUCAGCAGCACACGAGUGCCCUUCCGGUGGCGACCAGCCGACGAACACGAUGCCAUGACCUAACGAAACAAACAAAGCAAUGAGUGAAUGGAUGAAUCAUUCGUGUGCUGUGCCUUCUCUCACCUCUGCCUGAGGAGGCGAAGCAGCAGAUGAAGCUGAAGCUGCCGCUGCUGCCAUGGCGUGACGCAAACACGGCUGGCGAGAAGAGCACAGAGGUGUGCACCACUCUUGUCAUGCAUUCUCGUCGUUGACGUGCUGCCUACCGACGAGAACCGAACCGAUGGCCUCUCUCUCAGCCGAGGCUCCUAUCGAGGAGGCCGACCUCGCCAGGACACUCACGAGCGAGCGCUUAUCUGCUGCAACACGCGGAUCUGCGCACCAACUCC